AUGAAGGGUGUAAAUGAACGCAAGGCCAGAAGAGCCAGCUCCAUAACGCUGGGGAGACCCGGGAGGCGGCGGCUGAACGGCUCGGAAGCGCGGAAUCCCGCCUCGGGUCCCCGGGAGGUGCGGAGCCGGCAGCGGCGGCCAACCCGCGGCCAGGCGGCGGCAUCCGCAGACGAGCGCAGCCCCCGGGAGGGUCCGUGGCCCAGACGCACGCCCACCUGUCGCGCGCAGGCGCAGAACACCGCCUCCCCGCCCGCGGCGCGACCAGUGCGCAGGCGCGGCGGCCGAUGCGAGUGUGUCUGUGCGGCGAGAAGAUGGCGGCGGCGGGGGACGCGGCGUGAGGAGCCGGAGAAGCGCCGAGCCUCCUGGAAACGGGCCGCCAUGGCCCUCCACAACCCGCAGUAUAUUUUUGGAGAUUUCAGCCCGGAUGAAUUCAGUCGGUUCUUUGUGACUCCCCGUUCUUCAGUGGAGCUCCCUCCCUACAGCGGGACAGCUCUGUACAGCACACCCGUGGAAGAUGAACUGCCUGAUGGACAAGAAUACCAGAGAAUAGAGUUUGGCGUUAAUGAAGUAAUUGAGUCCAGUGACACUCUGCCGAGAACCCCCAGCUACAGUAUUUCAAGCACACUGAACCCUCAGGCGCCUGAAUUUAUUCUUGGUUGCACAGCUUCCAAAAAAACCCCGGAUGGCCUGGGCAAAGAUGUGAGCUACAGCUCCCUUGACCGCCAGUACCCGGGCUCUGCCCUCGUUUUGGAGAGCAGCUCUAAUGUGGAGGCCGAGGCCCUGGAGAAUGAUGGUGGCUCUGGUGGUCUUGGACAGAGGGAACGGAAGAAGAAGAAGAAGCGGCCCCCUGGGUAUUACAGCUACCUGAAGGACGGCGGUGAUGAGAGUGUUUCCCCAGAAGCCCUGGUCAAUGGCCACGCCAGUUCGGUGGUCACGAACAGCGUGGGCAUGGACGAUGCAGAGUUCAUGGCUGAUGCGCUCCCCUCAGGCCCGCCCAGGACUUGUAACGGCCCUCAGAACUCCGUGGACUGCAUCGGUGACACCGUGCCCGAUGCCUCUUUCCCCAGAGCACUGGAUGGCGAUGCCAGGACUGCGGGGCUGCCCGAGGGCUGCCAAGGGACUGACUUUGAGCAUCCCUGCCUCCCCGAGGACAGCCCCCUAAGGACAGCUGUGACACAGCCCUACCCUGGCGCCGAUACUACUGAGAACCUUGCAGUUGCUAAUGGAAAAAUACUUGAACCCUUGGGCGAGGACACAGCUGCCAAUGGGGUGGAGCCGUACACGGCGGAAAACAUAGACUCGGACCCUGCUAAGCCCGAGAGUCAGUCUCCUCCUGCUGAAAGCACAGCCUCUGUGUCUGGCGCCAUUCCCAUCAGCCAGCCCACCAAGUCCUGGGCUAGCCUCUUCCAUGAUUCUAAACCUUCGUCCUCCUCACCCAUGGCAUAUGUGGAAACUAAGUGUUCCCCUCCUGUUCCAUCUCCCCUGGCCUCUGAAAAGCAGGUGGAAGUCAAAGAAGGGCUUGUUCCAGUUUCAGAGGAUCCCGUAGCCAUAAAGAUUGCAGAGUUACUGGAGAAUGUAACCCUAAUACAUAAGCCAGUGUCCUUGCAACCCCGAGGGCUGAUCAAUAAAGGGAACUGGUGCUACAUUAAUGCCACGCUGCAGGCACUGGUGGCUUGCCCUCCGAUGUACCACCUGAUGAAGUUCAUUCCUCUGUACUCAAAAGUGCAAAGGCCUUGCACAUCCACGCCCAUGAUAGAUAGUUUUGUUCGGCUAAUGAACGAGUUUACUAAUAUGCCAGUACCUCCCAAGCCCCGCCAAGCUCUUGGGGAUAAAAUCCUGAGGGACAUCCGCCCAGGAACUGCCUUUGAACCCACAUACAUUUACAGACUCCUGACGGUCAUCAAGUCCAGCCUGUCUGAAAAGGGCCGACAGGAAGAUGCUGAGGAAUACCUAGGCUUCAUUCUCAAUGGACUUCACGAGGAGAUGCUGAGCCUGAAGAAGCUCCUCUCCCCCACCAACGAAAAAUUUACCAUUUCCAAUGGACCCAGGAGCCACUUGGUGGAGGAUGAAGAGCUAGACGAGCCAGGGGAAGGGAGUGAGGAUGAGUGGGAACAAGUGGGUCCCAGGAACAAGACGUCUGUCACCCGACAGGCAGAUUUUGUGGAGACUCCGAUCACUGGCAUCUUCGGUGGACACGUCAGGUCUGUGGUUUACCAGCAGAGUUCAAAGGAGUCUGCCACUUUGCAGCCAUUUUUCACGUUGCAGCUGGAUAUCCAGUCUGAAAAGAUACGCACCGUCCAGGAUGCCUUGGAAAGCUUGGUGGCAAGAGAGUCUGUCCAAGGUUAUACCACAAAAACCAAGCAGGAGGUUGAGAUCAGCCGGAGAGUGACUCUGGAAAAGCUACCUCCCGUCCUUGUGUUGCAUCUGAAGCGCUUUGUCUAUGAGAAAACUGGCGGCUGUCAGAAGCUGGUCAAAAACAUCGACUAUCCUGUGGACCUGGAGAUCAGCAGAGAACUGCUUUCUCCAGGGGUUAAAAAUAAGAAUUUUAAAUGCCACAGAACCUAUAGGCUGUUUGCAGUGGUCUACCAUCACGGCAACAGUGCGACAGGUGGCCAUUACACUACGGACGUCUUCCAGAUCGGGCUCAAUGGCUGGCUGCGCAUCGAUGACCAGACGGUCAAGGUGAUUAACCAGUACCAGGUGGUGAAGCCAGCUGCUGAACGCACAGCCUACCUCCUGUAUUAUCGCCGCGUGGACCUGCUGUAGCAUGGGCCUGCCUGGAGCGUGUGCUGUGUGUGUGCGUGCGUGCGUGUGCGUGUAUGUGUGCCUGAUGCUGCUCCCUAGAACACAGACUCUGACUUCCCGCCUCUCUAGUGCUCUGUAGAGAGAAACUUUGUCCCUCUGCAAAAGUGGGUCUGGAGAAAGGAGAUGUCUGCUGCACAGCACAGCUCAUGCUGGCCUCUAACUUCAAAUCGAAAUCAUUUGGUUGGAAAGACUGCUGCUUGAUUUAAGGAAAUAAACACAACCUGUUCUUCUGAAAUAAUGCUGGUUUCUGAGAUAAGGAUGCUGGACUGGACAGUCUGAUGCCUGUAGGGCUAACCCUACACCAGCAACACUGUAAAUCUGUGAAAAUGAAUUUUAUCUUUCCGUAAAAAAAAUAAAUUUUUUAAUCCAUCACACUUUCCUCCCCUACCCUUUAGUUUUUGAUAAAUGAUUAAAAAUGAGCCAGUUAUCAGAGAUGAAAUACUUCUUCAAGAGGAAAUAAAUACAAAACCUACGUUGCUGGUUCUUCACAGGAAAAGUACAUUUUAGUAAUUGCGCGGUGAAAAACUGCUUGCGUACACACUGCAGAGCAAACAUUUGGAGUUAAGACGCUGGGCUGCAGAGAUGGGCGCUUGUGACUUCAUUGCAUUGAAAGGUUGCAAACUGCAUUCGUGCUUCUGUGUACGUGUGAAGGAAAGCGAGCAAAACAAGGAAGAUUGACGUUUCCCAAGUCUGCCAUUUAACUCUGUGCACUCCUCUCUAAUGCCGUGUCCCUAAUUGUACACAGUUUAGUGAUUCCUAGGAUAUAACGUCAACCUCAAUAAAGAUCAGAGUUGGUUUAAA